AUGCUUAUAAUCUGCUUCUUCAAAAGGAGAAGUUCCUGGAGAAAGGGAAACAAAAGAAAAGAAAAUAUUAAAGAAUUCAUAAGGACUAAUGAAUUCCAUGCUAUCAAGCUGUAUACUUAUUCGGAUAUAAAGAAAAUGACCAAUUCAUUCAAUAACAAAAUAGGAGAAGGAGGUUUUGGUAGUGUUUACAGAGGAAAGCUACCUGAUGGAUGCCCAGUAGCUGUGAAGCUAUUGACCAACACAAAGGGUAAUGGGGAAGAUUUCAUUAAUGAAGUUGCUAGCAUUAGUCGAACUUCCCAUGUGAACAUAGUUACUCUUGUAGGAUUCUCUUACCAGAAGAAAAGAGCUUUGAUCUAUGAAUUCAUGCCUAAUGGAUCAUUAGACAAGUAUAUAGGCAACAAGGAGUCGCCUAAUAAGAGUUUUCAGUUGGAGUGGAAGACAUUGUACCAGAUUGCAAUUGGCAUUGCUCGAGGACUAGAAUAUCUGCACAGAGGGUGCAACACAAGAAUCAUGCACUUUGACAUUAAGCCUAACAACAUUCUUUUGGACAAGGACUUCACCCCCAAAAUCUCUGAUUUCGGCCUGGCAAAACUGUGCAAGAAAAAGGAGAGCGUUGUGUCUCUAUCGGUGUAUGGUGCUAGAGGAACAAUAGGAUACAUUGCUCCAGAAGUUUUCUGCAGAAGCGUUGGAAGUGUCUCCCACAAAUCUGAUGUUUAUAGUUAUGGCAUGACUGUUAUUGACAUGUUAGGAGUAAGGGAGAAUGAAGACACAGGUGUGACUAGUGACUCAUGUUUUCCCAAUUGGAUAUAUGAGCAGCUGGAGCAAGGGUUUGAUUUCAGUCCUGAAGGCAUCACAGAUGAAGAUGAUAAAGAAAUGGCAAUGAAGAUGAUGUUGGUUAGUUUGUGGUGCAUCCAGACGAAUCCAGCAGACCGCCCUUCCAUAAGAAAAGUGGUUGAGAUGUUGGAGGGAAGCAUUGAUUCCUUGCACAUUCCACCAAAAUCAAAUUUCUGUCCUCCAACUGAUGAAUCACCUCAGCAGUCCUCUACAUCAUCUGUUACCACACAAAUCUGA